AUGAGGUUUCUUUUCGCAUUCGCCGUUGGUGCCCUCGUAGGCACCACAAUCGCCGAAGACUCUACCUGCCCAACUAUCACAUCGAGGCAGGUUGCUCCAACCUGCUCGCCGGGAUGCCCCGAGGCCCCAGACUGCCGGUUCAUCUCGACUGUGACGAAUCCCUGCGGCUGUCCACGAGCUGUGGCAGAAGCGACGCUCAUCCAGCCAUGUAAUGUGGGAUCCGAGUCGGCGGGAGAGGGCCGGCCCACCAGAACGAGCGGCGAGGUAGAAUCGACGACGACGCGGACUACAGCAACGAGAAGCGUGACGAGUGACCUAGGCGACGAAGACAACGGCGAACCUCAGACCACGCGGUGCCCCCGGAUGACUAGAACGGUGUCUGCGGAGGGAUGCGUGGCGCUGGCGUGCCCCACGCCUAACUGCAUCUUCCAAGAGCCCUUUAUGAUCCCCUGCGGGUGCCCCGACCCGGAGACCGUUCUCGUGGACGGGUGCGUGACGGAAUGCGUAGCUGGGUGCGCGACCACCACCGUCAAGGUCACAGAUGCGUGCAGCACGCAGCAGGCGACGGUUACAUUGACGAGGACGAGCGUGAGGAUGACCUCGGAGGUUGAGGAAGUGGAGGAAGUGGAGAUGGGGCCAACCGAGCCCGCUCGGAAGACGGCCGAGUGA